UGUAGAGCUGAUGAUGAUCCAGAAUGCCCAGAUGCACCAGGUCGUCAUGAACAACAUGACCAUGUCAGCUCUCGGGUCAUCCGGGUCCUCAGGCCCUCCGCCCGGCCCAGGCCGGUACCAGACAUGGGCUCCCAGAGAUCUGGUUAUAAUUCAGGACAGUGAGGCUGACCCAGAGAUAUACCACCACUAUUACCAGUCUGCCCCAUACCUGUCCUGUCCUUCAUGGCUCCUGCCCUCACUGGUCUACCAAGAAGACCCCAACAAACCCACUUCUGCUCCACCACACAGAGACAGCCCUGCUGUCCCUCCUCCUCCCCCACCCGGUGCCACCACUGCGACUGUGGAAGUCAACGUCACUCCUGCAGCAGAGAACAACUGA